CAAAUGUUCACAGCUGAUACACUCGACACCAAGUGCUGUCAACACAGGGCAGGGGAGUGAUACAAAGCUUGUUUGACAGCCACAUACAUGUUUAAUGCCUUCAAUCUUGUUUUUUUUUUGUUGCUGAUUUAUCGGAAAGUCAUGUUAUGACAAGAAGUCAGAAGGACCGGUUUGUCUAAAGCAACUGUUACUGGUUCAAGCUACAGGACAGAUCAUGUAAUGGUGUAAUCUGGUGUAAGUGGAACUACAUCUUGAGCUAGUUAGCCGCGUACCUGCAAAUUCAGCGCUACCAGCUAAUAGCUAGCUAACCUUAGCUAGUUAGCCAGCUAAUUAAAACAAUGGCUUGAUUACAGCAUUUAGCUAGCUAACAACAGAGACGCGAGCUGCUAGUUUUAGCUUGGAAUAGUUGCUCAUUGCAAACGUGAAUUUCCGACAUGUGGUGCACGUAGCACGUAUUUGAACAUUUCUACGACUUGCAUAAAUUGACGCUUCACCUCUCCGGCGAGCGAACCCCGAGUCGGCCACAAAUGGAACCAGGGAGCUCGCUUGAAAGUCCAUUCGGUUCUGGGGGUCCCGAACCGUCGGACAUACGCGAAGAGACCCCCGGCGAAGAGGCUGAGGAUGGGGACAACAGCAUCCUGAGAGAAGGGGGAGGAGGGAACGAAAACACUCUGGACAACAUGAAAACACAAUGUGAGGAUGAUGAUGGUGUCACUGGGAAAAAGAUUGAGGCUGCUAAUGAAGAAGGCAAAUAUGAAGAGGAAUUGGACCCUAGAAUUCAGGAGGAGCUAGAACACCUGAAUCAGGCCAGUGAUGAAAUCAACAAGCUGGAACUGAAACUGGAUGAUGCUAGGUCCAGCUACAGGAGGAUCCUCACUGACUCAGCCAGGAAGCUCAAUGCUCAGGGCUCCCAGCUAGGGACCUGCAUCGAGAAGGCCAGGCCCUACUACGAAGCCCGCAGACUAGCCAAAGAGGCCCAGCAUGAGACACAGAAGGCAGCGUUGAGGUACGAGAGAGCCGUCUCCAUGCAUACGGCUGCCAGAGAGAUGGUGUACGUGGCAGAGCAGGGGCUCCUGGCAGACAGGAACACUCUGGACCCCACCUGGCAGGAGAUGCUCAACCACGCCACCUCCAAGGUUAACGAGGCAGAGGAGGAGCGGCUGAGGAGCGAGAGGGAGCACCAACGGGUCACUCAGCUGUGCCAGGAAGCAGAACAACGUGUCCAGACCCUUCAGAAAUCCCUCAAGAGGUUCAUCAUCAAGUCCAAACCUUACUUUGAGCUCAAGGCUCAGUUUAACCACCUACUGGAGGAGCACAAGGCAAAGGUGGUGCAGCUGGAAGAGCGCGUUGCAAGGGUAAAAAUGCGCUACUCCGUCGCCCUGCGCAACCUGGAGCAAAUCAGCGAGCAGAUCCAUGCCCAGAGGGGGUGUGUCCGAGCCACCAGGGCCCGCCCCGUAGCCUGCGGUGGGCGGAGCUCCCCAGUGGGGGCGGAGGCUGAGGUCGGAGUUCAGGUUGGAGGAGCCUGUGGCGGAGGAGGAGGGUUGGAGGAGAAGGACUGGGCUGAUGGAGAGAAGACCAGGCAGUGGGUGGAGAGACACAGAGAGCAGGGCUGGGGACACAGCGAGAGGGGAGAGGCAGGGUCAGACUCCAUGUCUGUCAUCAGCCUCCAGACCAUCGCCUCGGACCUGGAGAAGUGUGACUCGGUGGGGCACCUGGGGGACCUGAGUGACGUGAGCAGCCUGAUGGGAGAGGACUGGGAGAGGGACCGGUCCCUUAUGGCUGAGAACAGAGACGGGAACCCAAGGGCAGAGGAGAGAGUUGUGAGAGAGGUGGACAUCCCUGCUCCAAGGCAGGAUAGAUUGGAGGUGGUGAGGGGGGCGAGAGGGAGAGAGAGACAGGAGAGCUUUGUCAAGCAGCACCACAGAAGUGUGAGUUUGUGAGACCAGAAUAGAAGGCACUGUGUCAUGAAUAAUCAGAUAAAGGAAUGAAAUCAAGAGAGUGCAAAGAAUGCAGACGGCAAUUGUGGAAGUUCUGUUUGAGGUAUUGAAAUGAGUCCCAAAUAGAACCCUAUUCCCUACAUAGGUGCACUACUUUUGACCAAGGCCUAUAGGGAAUAGGUUGCCAUUUGGCACACAAGCCUGCAUCAUUGUGACACUGCAGAGGGGAGUAGCAGGCAGGGGAGAGGGGCUGGUACAUCAUGCACACAGAGAGAGAAGAGGAAGUGUUAGGCGAUUCACUAGGUCCUUGUGGGACUUGUAGUUCCUACACUUCUAAUCUGUCUUAUUGUUCAACACAGUAAGAUAUCUUGAGGUAAAGCUAGUCUUAACGCAGUACUGUGUGUAAAUACAGAGACGUAGAACAUAGAACAUACCCUUAACUCUACUGACUGUUUCACAUGCAGCUGAACGUUUUAAGCAGCAAAGCUUAUUCUAUCAAUGCUAUUUCUAUAUUGACAUUAGUCCCUUAAUGAACGCCUUUUGUGCUUCUUCCAAAUUGAUUGAAUUACCACAGAAUUUGGUUUCGGCUCGUCCUUGGCAUGAACAAAAGGUGUUGAUACAAGCAAUACUGUUCUCUCUCCCUCUUGAGUAGAAAUAGAUUUUAAAAAACCAUUUUAUUUUGUUAUUAGAGCUGUUUUUGUGUGUUUACCCCAGUAGAAUGUUUGAAUGUUCCCAAGCACCUAGAGGGCCAACGACUCCCUCAGACACCAGACUGUAGAGAAUGUCUGUGUCACUCACAUUAACCUAACACUUCCACAGUGUUUUUCUCUCUCUGACCUUUCACAAUCCCUGCUUUCUGUCGGGAACAAAUACUGUGUCUGCUAUUCUGAUCUUACACAAAAUCACGUGUCCAAAAUGGCACCCUAUUCCAUUUGUAGUGCACUACUUUUGACAAGGGCACGUUUGGGUUCUGGUCAAAAGUAGUGCACUAUAUAGGGACUAGGGUGACAUUUAGGACUCAUACAAGAUGUUACACUGCUUGGUGGGAAAUGGUUCUAGUUGACUCCUUUUUAGUAUUGCGUAAAAACAUAAAGAACAGUUUAUUUUUUUGAGGAACAUCAAAAAUAAGAUUUUAAUUUUACUCAAAUGUAUUUUAAGUGCCUUUGGCCCUCCCUAUUUAUUAUUAUUAUUAUUAUUAUUAUUAUUAUAUAUUUUUUUUUACAUAUUCUGAGAGUUUAAUGCCCCUUAAUGUCUUUGAUGACAUUUUUUGUAGUUAAGGAAUCCCAAUUCUAACCGUUGAUUUAAUUUCUUAACUGUCUUCCUUUUAAUAGUGAGACAAUUUUAGUGAAGUUUUCAUUGUUUUAGAUUUAAAUACUUUAGCAGUGUUUUACCAUAGUUAACAAUGUUGAAAAAUGUACUUGCAUUUCACCUGCUCUUAACAACACCACUAAAUUGUAUUGUAGUGUAACACCUGGUUGUAGUACAUUAUUUUUGUAUCGGUUUUCACUUCCUGGGGUUAUUUUUGACCAGUUUCUUCUCUUGUUCAUUUUGUACCUGUUGACAGGUACCUUACCUUGAUUUUAUUGAUCGCACCAGACACUGACACUAAAUCACUACACUAGAGAGAGACAGGGAAGGAGGGAGCGGGGGAGGUAGAGAGGGAGGGAGGAAGGGAGGUAGGGAGAGAGAGGGAGGUAGAGGAAGGGAAGGAAGAUAUGGUAUUUACUGUUAAUGUACAUACUUUAAUGUUUUGUUCAUGCAAACCAGUGCCAUCGAUUUGAAUAUUUUGACUGUUUUAAAGUGGAUUUGCACAUGAAUACUUGUGGAGUUUUGUUUUUCCCUUUUUACACUCCUUAUCCCUUCGCCCAGCCAUCCAUCGUUCAUCCUUGUUACCUGGCUGUUCCCUCCUCUUAACCUGGUCAGCAUCACCCUUGUUACCUGGCUGUUCCCUCCUCUUAACCUGGUCAGCAUCAUCCUUGUUACCUGGCUGUUCCCUCCUCUUAACCUGGUCAGCAUCACCCUUGUUACCUGGCUGUUCCCUCCUCUUAACCUGGUCUUCAUCAUCCUUGUUACCUGGCUGUUCCCUCCUCUUAACCUGGUCAGCAUCAUCCUUGUUACCUGGCUGUUCCCUCCUCUUAACCUGGUCAGCAUCACCCUUGUUACCUGGCUGUUCCCUCCUCUUAACCUGGUCAGCAUCAUCCUUGUUACCUGGCUGUUCCCUCCUCUUAACCUGGUCAGCAUCACCCUUGUUACCUGGCUGUUCCCUCCUCUUAACCUGGUCAGCAUCAUCCUUGUUACCUGGCUGUUCCCUCCUCUUAACCUGGUCAGCAUCACCCUUGUUACCUGGCUGUUCCCUCCUCUUAACCUGGUCAGCAUCACCCUUGUUACCUGGCUGUUCCCUCCUCUUAACCUGGUCAGCAUCAUCCUUGUUACCUAGCUGUUCCCUCCUCUUAACCUGGUCAGCAUCACCCUUGUUACCUGGCUGUUCCCUCCUCUUAACCUGGUCAGCAUCACCCUUGUUACCUGGCUGUUCCCUCCUCUUAACCUGGUCAAUAUCACCCUUGUUACCUGGCUGUUCCCUCCUCUUAACCUGGUCAGCAUCACCCUUGUUACCUGGCUGUUCCCUCCUCUUAACCUGGUCAGCAUCACCCUUGUUACCUGGCUGUUCCCUCCUCUUAACCUGGUCAGCAUCAUCCUUGUUACCUGGCUGUUCCCUCCUCUUAACCUGGUCAGCAUCACCCUUGUUACCUGGCUGUUCCCUCCUCUUAACCUGGUCAGCAUCAUCCUUGUUACCUGGCUGUUCCCUCCUCUUAACCUGGUCAAUAUCACCCUUGUUACCUGGCUGUUCCCUCCUCUUAACCUGGUCAGCAUCACCCUUGUUACCUGGCUGUUCCCUCCUCUUAACCUGGUCAGCAUCAUCCUUGUUACCUGGCUGUUCCCUCCUCUUAACCUGGUCAAUAUCACCCUUGUUACCUGGCUGUUCCCUCCUCUUAACCUGGUCAGCAUCAUCCUUGUUACCUGGCUGUUCCCUCCUCUUACCCUGGUCAAUAUCACAUUUGCUUCUUCCCACAAUAUCCCCACUACCCCACUCCAUCUGCUGAUAAAUGCUGACUCGAGAUCAGUGGUCAGUUUGUGGGUCACUCCCAAAUGGCACCCUAUUCCCUAUAUAGUGCACUAGGAUCCUGGUCUAAAGUAGUGCACUAUGUAGGGAAUAGGGUGUGUGAAGCAUUAAUGGAAGGUCUUCUCAUUUGCCUGCUCUACUUGACACCGUGUUUUAUUUGUUCAUGUAAAUAAGAUGCAUCCCAAAUACAGCAGUGGUAUAUUCCCUACGUAGUGCACGACUUAUGUGCCCUCGUCAAAAGAAGUGCACUAAAUAUAGGGGAAUAUGGUGCCAUUUUAAAGUGUAGUGGAUGUAUAAUAAUACUGAUGAUAUGAAUGUUAACUUAGUAAUCAUGUACAUGUUAAUUUAUGGAAAGAUGCUGUUGCAACUAUUAAACUUUGAUUUAACACAA